AUGCCUACCUUUCGCAACUUCACGGGUGAUCUCAAACUCUCACAUACCGUUCAUUCGAAAUAUAGUACCGAAACGGACUUUGCAAUUAUAUCAUACGAUUUGGUACAGUUCAAUGUCGAGAAGGAAAUAAUACUCAGACAAAGCUCGACCCUCCGACAGAUUGUUUCCGAUUUCGAAGGAAAAGGGCAAGCUAGUAAGGGGAUCAUUUUCUUGCAAUACGGAUAUUCCAAUAUCCUAGAAUCCUUCGUUCGACUAUGCUAUGGUGGACCUCUGGAGACCCCAAAACCCCAAAAUGCCUGA